GUUGAUCUGCCGGCGAUAUCAACUCGGGGCAGCGGCCGGAUGCGGCGACGGUGACGGACGCCGGCGACAGUGGCGGAGCGGCAGUUCGACGGCGAUGAGCAGCGACUGGCGGCGCUGCAAUCGACGGCGGGGAAGGACGCCGGCAGUGGAGGCGACGUCCGGCAGAACGACGAGGCGAACCGUCGUCGGCGGCGCUGGGCAGCGACGGCGAUUAUGGUGGUCGCCGGUAGGGGAGGCGACGGACUUCCGGCAAAGGCGAAGCAGCGGCGUCCGGCGUUUGGCGACGUCCUCCGUUUGGCGUGGCGGCGCUGCACCCGUCGGCGGUGAUGGCGGCGGCAGGUGGCGAAGGAAGCAGCGGCUGACUUCCGGCGACGGGCGACGACGGCUGGAGGCGAAGGAAGCAGCGGCUGGCUUCCGGCGACGGGCGAUUGGCUCCAAUUGGACGGCGACGAGGAGCGGCGAAGCUGGGGAAGGCGACGACCGGCUGGGCGGCGGGCUUCCGGCGGCGAGGGACAGCGGCUCUGGCUUGCGCGACCGGCUGGGCGGCGAAGAAGAAAGAAGAAGAAGAAGAAAGAAGAAGGAAGAAGAAGAAGAAAGGAGAAGAAGAAAAAGGACGGACGAAAGAUAAGGUUUGUGUGGUUAUGUUUAUUUAAUGGUCCCAUUCCAAAAAGGAUUGGGAUUCGGACCCAAAAUACCUGAUUAAAUGGUCAUAACUUGAGCUCUGUAACUCCGAUUCGCGAGCCGUCUGAACCGACGCGAUCACAAAAAUAUUUCCUACGAGAUGACAUAAAAGUUGGGCUUAAAAUCCAAAUUAUAAUUUUAACCCCUUAUUGGGCCCAAUUCGUAAUCAAUUGCUCUAACAAUU